AUGGCGCUGUGUGUGCGGGCGCUGCUCGGCUCUGCCGCGGCUCGGAGCCUCGCCUCUCUCCGCGGCCGGACCCUCACUGUCCCCGUGCUGCGCUGCGCCUCCGGCGGGGCGAGCUCCGUCCAGCAGCGGGUGGACCUGAAGCGGAGACAGGCUCUGCAGGGAGGAGGGGAGAAGAGGACGGAGGCUCAGCAUGCUCGGGGUAAACUGACCGCACGGGAGAGAGUGGCCCUGCUGCUGGACCCGGACUCCUUCACCGAGCUGGACAUGUUUGUGGAACACCGCUGUUCGGAUUUCGGGAUGGAGGCGGAUCAUAACAAGUACCCCGGGGACAGUGUGGUGACGGGUCACGGCAGGAUUAACGGCCGGCUGGUCUACGUUUUCAGUCAGGACUUCACCGUGUUUGGAGGGAGUUUAUCUGGCGCCCACGCUCAGAAGAUCUGUAAGAUAAUGGAUCAGGCCAUGACGGUCGGAGCUCCUGUAAUCGGCCUGAACGACUCCGGCGGUGCACGGAUACAGGAGGGGGUGGAGUCUCUGGCGGGAUACGCUGAUAUUUUCCUGAGGAACGUGCUGGCGUCAGGUGUGGUUCCUCAGAUCUCUAUGAUCAUGGGUCCGUGUGCUGGAGGAGCCGUUUAUUCACCUGCACUCACCGACUUCACCUUCAUGGUCAAGGACACCUCGUACCUGUUCAUCACGGGGCCUGAUGUGGUCAAAUCUGUUACUAACGAGGACGUGACUCAGGAGGAACUGGGAGGAGCAAAGACCCACACCUCAGUGUCUGGUGUGGCUCACAAGGCGUUUGAGAAUGACGUCGAUGCUCUGCUGAGUCUCAGAGAGUUCUUCAACUUCCUCCCUCUGAGUAAUAAAGAUCCAGCUCCUGUUACUGAGAGCCACGACCCCAGUGACCGUCUUGUUCCUGGGCUGGACACUCUGGUGCCCUUCGAGAGCACGAAGGCGUACGACAUGCUGGACAUCAUCCAUGGUAUAGUGGACGAGAGGGAUUUUUUUGAGAUCAUGCCAAACUACGCCAAGAACAUCGUGGUGGGGUUUGCGAGGAUGAACGGCCGCACAGUGGGAAUCGUGGGAAAUCAGCCAAAAGUAGCUUCAGGUUGUUUAGACAUUAACUCCUCAGUGAAAGGAGCUCGGUUUGUUCGCUUCUGUGACGCCUUUAACAUCCCCAUCAUCACAUUUGUGGACGUUCCUGGUUUUCUGCCAGGUACGGCUCAGGAGUACGGCGGCAUCAUCAGACACGGAGCCAAACUGCUGUACGCCUUCGCCGAGGCAACCGUGCCCAAAAUCACCAUCAUCACCAGGAAGGCGUAUGGAGGAGCGUAUGACGUGAUGAGCUCCAAACAUCUGAGGGGAGAUGUGAACUACGCCUGGCCCACAGCGGAGGUGGCAGUGAUGGGAGCGAAGGGCGCGGUGCAGAUCAUCUUCCGGGGGAAGGAGAACCAGGCGGAGGCGGAAGCAGAGUACGUGGAGAAGUUCGCCAACCCGUUCCCUGCUGCUGUCAGAGGAUUUGUUGAUGACAUCAUCCAGCCGUCCACCACCCGCAUGAGAAUCUGCAGAGACCUGGAAGUUCUGACCAGCAAAAAACAGAAGAACCCCUGGAAGAAACACGCAAACAUUCCUCUGUAAACUCCUCCUCACAUGUGAUUCUGUUGAGUUCUGUGACUGUUCAGAUAAAUCAAGUGAACGUUCCCCUGUGCCUUACACCCGGAGAGACCCCCGGGUUCCCCUGCAUUAAUGUACAGAGACAAUAAACACUCCCAAACACCA